AUGCCCAAGCUCCGAUAUGCGAAGACCGAGAUCGACGUUCUACGCACAUCAUGUUUCAAGGACUCGGUAACCUUCCUCAUAGGCAGGGAAGCGAACGUCUCCCGCGCCGAAGCAGUCUCGACCCAUCCAUGGCUACACUGUGUAGUUCACGGGUACUGGAACCCCGAAAGCCCGCUAGACAGUGCGAUCUACCUCGCGGACGGCCCGCUAACCUUACGCCAAGUUACCCAGCUAAGCCUUUCCCGCACAGCAGGAUUCGCCUUUCUCUCCGCGUGUCAUACUGCCCGCGCAACGGUACACCUGCCGGACGAAGCGCUGCAUAUGGCCGCAGGGCUGCAGGUCGCUGGGUUCCGCGGUGUACUGGGUACGACAUGGGGUAUGGCGGAUAUGGACGGGCCGGAGCUGGCUAGGGGGUUCUAUGACGGGUUGGGAGGGGAACUGAGUGCCGAGAGGGCGGCGGAGGCGUUGUCCGCUUCUUUGGAGUUGUUGAGAGGGAAAGGAGUGCCGAUGCAUCGCUGGGGCGCGUUUGUACAUUAUGGUGUGUGA